CGCGAGAUUCCUUGGAGCUUCACCUUCCAUCCAAAGAUGCCCGAGUAAACAAAGCACAUUGCACUCCCUUUCAAGGCCCCCGUUCUGAUCAAAUUGAACCUCACAAUCCUACAAUGCCACACUAUCUUUACAACACAAAAUAACCAAAAUCCAGCGCAAUGCCACCCCAACCAAACCUCCGAAGACCCGCCGCUCCCACUCCAGACUCUCCGCACCGACAUCGACAACCAAGCAGACCACGACCCGGCCAUGCAGUCCCCCAACCACAAUUUCAUACCCCUCCUUCACAUGCGACACCACAGCUCCAUCCCUCGUCGGGGCCCAUCCAGAGCGUGGAAUCCAUGCACCCAGCCGCAGCGGCACAAGCAGCCAUCUUCGGCCUCUUUAGCCGAGGCGGUCGACAGCGUCCGCAGAUGAUGGAUGAAGAUGAUGACGAGUCGGAUGAUGGGUUGAACGAUACGUUUGCGCAGGAGGACCCGAGACGGAUUACUAUUGACGCGGAGGGGAAUGAGAUUACUUUGUCGGAUGAAGAGGCCGCAGGGAUGUUCGAUGAGGAGGAGAUGGAAGGUGGGGAGGAGGAUGAGGAUGAGUUAAUGCAGGAACGAGACAGAUCCCCGACACCCCUCCCGCCCAACCUCCGCGAGAUCUCGUCGCUAGCCUCGUGGACCGUCACAACACAUAAACCGGGUUGCGGCGUUGCUGCUCUUCGUAGCUCGAACCCAGCGGAGUACUGGCAAUCCGACGGCCCGCAACCGCAUACGCUCAGUCUUCAUUUCUUCAAACUCGUCGCUGUUGUCCGGGUCCGCGUGUACCUCGAUUUCGAGAUGGACGAAAGCUACACACCCACGAAAAUGGUCUUCCUGGCUGGCAUGGGCGGUAACGACCUCGUUGAGUUUGCAACCUGGGAAGGAGAAACACCGUGCGGCUGGGUGAACAUACCGCUAGAAAAUGUAGGAGGUCGAAGUGGCGGCUGGGUUAGGAAGAAGAGACGAAAGCGUGUUACCCGUGCGAAUGAUAAACGCGCCUCCGUAUCGGGAAAAGCAAAGGCAAAGGCUGCUUCUGAGGCAAAGCUGGACUACGAUUACAUAUUCUCCGACUCUGAGCACCCGGAAUACGACGAGGGCGCUUACGAAGACGAUAACGACGAGACGGCUGAUGAGGACGAUGAAGAUGACCCGUACGCAGGGAACGUACUGAAGGCAAUGGUCAUCCAAAUGAAAAUAAUGGAAAACCACCAAAACGGCAAAGAUACACACGUGCGGGGGUUUCAGGUGUAUGCACGAGACGAUGACCGUCGUCGGGCAGGCAAUGCCCCUUCUGCUUCUGCGGAUGGACGGGUAAGGAGACAGAGCUUACGGCAGUCAAAUGUGAAGGAUGGUGAGGGACGUGAUGCUGAGGAUGGUGGGGGUAGGGUAAUGGGGUUGGAAGAACCAGAUUGGAUGGGGGAGCCUGUUAUUCGAUGAUUGUCCAUUACUUGUGAAGAGGUUUGGGGAGCUGAUAUGAUACCCAUGAUUGUAAUAUUAUUAGACUGUCUUUUUACGCAAAUGCAGACGUAUUCACGCAAAAGCUGUGACACAUGUGGC